AUGUCUGCAGAUAUCGAAACAUUCUAUGGAGGAUCGAUUCUUGCAAUGGCAAGCGAAAAUGCUGUUGCCAUCAUGAGCGACAAACGUCUUGGAAUGGGUCCAAUAACUGUGUCUAAGGAUUUCGUAAGAAUUCAUAGAAUGGGCCCAAGGCUGUAUGUGGGGUUAUCUACAUUCGUCCCAGACACGCAGGUUCUCCUUAGGAGAAUAAGGAAAAAUUACAACCUAUUCAAGCUAGAGGAGCAGAGGGAGAUGGAACCCGAGGAGCUCUCGAAUAUGAUCUCAUUUCUUUUGUAUUCAAAAAGAACGUCUCCAUACAUCACUGCACCAAUAGUUGCAGGAUUAUCGAGCGAUGGUAGGCCUUAUAUCUCUGGAAUGGAUUGUAUCGGAUCCAUAACAUCUCCUAAGGAUUUUGUGGCUACUGGAACUGCAGCCAAGAAUCUCAUGGGGAUCUGUGAGGCUCUUUACAGGCCAAAUAUGGAUGAAGAAAACCUAUUUGUGACAUGUGCCCAGGCAUUCCUUAACGCCGUUGAUAGAGAUGCACUAUCUGGGUGGGGAGCAGAUUGUUAUGUCAUUAGUGAGGGAAAGGUCAUCAAGAGGUCCAUUAAAGGAAGGUGUGAUUAG